AUGUCCUUGGUUUUUGAUCAUGACCCCAAGGUCCCCAGACGACGAGUACCCGACUCGGCUCGUCGUCGCGCUCUGAUUUCUUGUGACCGCUGCAAAACGAGGCGGAUUCGCUGUGCUAGGCCAACGGAAGAGGUCCCAUGCGAAGCAUGUCUAGACAGCGGCGUGCCCUGUAAGUCGACAAUUCCACGGAGAAGGCUCGCGUAUUCUGGUCCCGAUGGCACCAGCGAACGAUAUAAGGCUCUUGAAGCUCUUGUCCAAAGCCUUUUUCCUAAUGAAGACUGCAACGACACCCAAACACUGUUCCGGUUGGCUGCGGAGAGAAACACUCCCAUACCUAGUCAUGACCAGGCGAUGAGCCUUUCUCGGCUCACAGACGCUGUGAACUCACAGAGAUCGGAUGGACAGAACACCACAACACCAGUCCCAACAUCCAAUGACCCAGGAACCGCUUUCCAAACGUUCCUCGGCAGCGCUUCUACUAUCGAUUCUUCUGUAACCGCUCAAACUCCUCUAUCUUCAGUCAAUACCGGUGUGCCGUGGCCCUGCAAUGUUGAUCCGGCAGUCCAAGGCACGGUCACCAAUCUGGCGGAAGAGACCUGCAUUCCGGCUCCUCAUGGCGUUGCACACUAUGUCGGUCCAGCAUCCUCUUUUGAGUUCGCUAGGGCCGUGCGUCGGUUAGUUGCAGUACGCAGUGAGACUCUCGAUGAUACCCGUACGAGACUGGGUCGACGGAGCAAGCAACGGGCAGAGUUCGCCAAUCUAAAGACCAGUAUUGCUCUUGAACCCAGAAUUCAGGCCCACCCAGCGUCCACCGUCAGAGAGCAGAGCAACGAGCCCGCAAUGGACACAUCGCCCACUGCGAAUGAGGGCCAAGAGGGCCUGCGGUCGGUGAGCCCAUCUCGUCGGUGGCUUCGGGCACUGGUCCCCGCCAGAGAGGUCUCGGAUAGACUGGUUCAGGCCUUUUUCGACCGGUUGCACCCCAAUUAUAUACUGUUCCAUCGGGGAACCUUUCAUACUCGAUAUGAUUCGAUCUGGCAGCGCUCUCCGGUUUAUCGGUAUGAUCGUGAACCCGGAUGGCUGUGUUCGCUUUUCAUGGUUUUCGUCUUUGGUGCCCAACUACUCGAGCACGAUGGUUUGGAGGACGCCGCCGGACUACAGAGAAAGUUCCUGAGGCAUGUGCGAGAAAGGUUUCACCAUUUGGCUCUCACCGCAAAUUUACCCAACGUCCAAGCCCUCCUACUCCUCCAGCUAUACGAACACAAUGCAGGCGAGCGUAAUACGUCUUGGAUUUUACUCGGACAAGCUGCUCGCAUGUCAAUUGCUCUCGGCAUGCACAGAGAGGGUACGAGUCACAAUUUUGAUGCCAUCGAACGGAACACGCGAAGAAUGGUUUGGUUUACGCUCUAUUCUUUCGAACAGUAUACGUCCCUCUCACUGGGACGACCUUCCACCAUCAAGGCUCUGGAGGUUAAUGUCCAACUACCUGAUGAAUCGGUUCUGGAUGGUAGCGACUAUCCUCCUGACUACAUUAAUCAUGCCUCAAAGUUGAUGGACUUGACUUCGAAGGUUAGACACUUCGCCACAGCAGCCUCACCAAAUUGCUUUGACGAUCUGUUUUUGAUUUCCAUGGUCGACAGUCUUAAUAUUAUCUCCAAGGAGCUCAAAGGCUGGUACACACGCUUGCCACGGCAUUUGCGUCCGGAGUGGUGCUUCAUUAGCCCGCGACACCUUCGUGCGGUGUUACUUCUCCACAUCAACUAUCACUACAUUGCCUCCGUGUUGACGAGACCAUACCUCUUAUCCAAAGUCGAACACGAUAUCAAGCACCAGGGCAUGUCAGAGUCUAGUUCCCCCCCAACGGUCAGAUCGACCGUUGGUAGCUUGGCACAAGAGUGCAUCUCCUCUUCAAUGGCGAUCGCCGACAUGCUACAGCGACUUUCUUCCGAAUCUCUGCUCGAAGGACUCGGUUGGACAGACUUCUUCUACCUGUACCAUGCAAUGCUGGCACUGUGUCUGGAUUUCCUGGGCCGCCCACGCCUGUCCGCAACCGAGGAAUGGACUGUCCGAGACCGCGCCAUCAGCGCCAACGUCUCGUUCAUGAUCGAGAUGUGCCAGACUCAUCAACUGGGACCCACAUACCAGAUUUUGUCCCAAGUCGCCAUUCAACUUGCUUAUAUUGUUGGUCUGGGUGGAGAUGACGGCAUCUCCCGGGACGAGUCGGAGCACCUCCAAGACAACCCAAUCUCGCACGAUGAAUUGGUCGCAGGGAUGGGGGAGAGGAGCACAAACAUUCCGAACACAGAAGUUGCUGCAACGAGCCAACAUGAGAUCUUCAUGCCCUACGCGGAGCCAAUAUCCGGGAUUACACAAUUCAAUUCUAAUGGUGAUGCGUUCUGGGAUUUCUUCAACGUCAAUCUCGUUGAUCCCAUGGAUACCUCGGUUAAUCCUGGAAUGCAGUACAUGGCGAAUCCCUUCCAGGAUCCAUUUGCGCCUUCGCCAUUCUAUGGCCGAUACAAUAAUUGGCCUUCGUAG